AUGACGUUAACGGAAAGUUCUGUAACCAAAAAGUCAAAUGGAAAUUUUCAUAGAGAUUUUCUCGGCAAUGAAAGGCAUGAUGGACAGGUUACGGACGGUUUGAAAUGGGAUUAUUUAAGUGAAAUGUUAUCCAAAUGCGUCCGAAAAGUAUCAAGUAGUGAUAUAUCUACCUACUUCUCACCAAAUUCAUUUUCACAAAUUAUUUUCGUAACAGACAAUAAGUUUUUGUGUAGUCAACAACCGUUAAAAUUAACAGAAGAAAAUUUUCCCGAAAGGCGUUUACAACAUUAA